ACCAGAGGGCUUGAGAAGUUUGCGCGGGAAUGACGCAUCAAGCGCACACAAUUUGGCGCGUAAAUAGUUGUAGGAGAAAGUGGCCACUACGUUCAAUACUAAGGCAUUAGUAAGAACUAAUUUGUUUUGUUGUAUUUAGUUUCUUAUUACUGCCGGCAGAUCAUCCGGAAUUCUGGCUCAAUGCAGUUUCUAUUUACGUGCAGUUGUGGCAGUUAGGCUACUUAAAUUCUUGAUUCAUUUCGUGAUAAACAUCGUGUGACCAACAUUAAUACUUACAUAUUUCACAGAGUAAUAUAUUGGUCAUUUAGUUGUGGUGGAUUCAUCUUCUGAAUUGGAAAACUUGUGCGUUUUCAGACGCGAGAUACGUGGCAUUUCACACCAAAAUCUUCCGUGUGUUAUCGUAUUAGACCAGUGAAAGUUUCUACUAAUUGUUUGAAGGUAAAAGGCCAAAUUUUGCAGUAAGGGAGUGCAGUGUUUGGUACAAAAUGCGGAUAAUGUUUAAGUAUUAUUAAAUGUAAUUUCCUGUGGUGUUAGUUCUCAUAAGUCUAUGCACGUAUUAGCUAAGUGUUACUAAGUGGAGCUUAUUCCUACUACUAUAUGUACUUCGACUACAAUAUUUAUUUCCUUGAAUAAAGUAAGAGUGAUUAGGUGCUCAUAAAACUUAAUAAGUAUGAGUAACGGGUUUCAGAAAUUUGUGGCGAAUCUGACUCAUAAUUUCUGCUUAUUGCAGAAGUAUUUAAGCACAUUUCUUUGAGCAGUUUAGUAGAUAACUGACACGUGACACAAAAUGAGCAUGGAGAACCCAGCUACACCGCUGGUGGCAAAUGCCUCACUGCAGCGGCGAGCCACGCGCAGUGCCCUGGCAGAAAUCCCGGCACGACUUGGGCUGCUGACAGUCGAUGAGAACGGCCGCACAGAGGGGGCCACAGCUGCAGCUACUGUGGUCGGUACGUUGACUCCGGCCAGUAGACGGCCACCGCUUGUCCCAAUACCCGAUCGUGCCAAUCAGCUCACUCCGCGCGAUGGAGAAGGGGCUGUGGCAGGCACUCGUGGAACACUGACACCCAACACGUGGGCCCUGAAUGUCAACGUGCAGCUGCCAUCAUCCUACAUGAGCCCCGCCCCAUCACCAGACGAGCUGGUGAUCCAGCAGCGGGGACGGCGCCGGGGUCCCGUCAACUGGAGCCCCGACCUCGAUGCACACAAGCGGGAGGGCAUCCCGAUGGGUGCGCGCACACCCAGCCCCGUCAAGUCCAACAUUGUCCUGCGGUCGACACCCCGCAAGAGACUCAUGCUCUCGGACCCGAAGGAGCUUUUCACGACACCUGAAAAGAUGCGCAAGCUAUCACCGUCACUGAAGGGGUCACCUGGUGUGAAGAAGGGCCGUGUCGAGAAACCGACCUUGACGUACAACGGCCCUAUACAGCUGGGGCUGAAAGGACUGUCUCAAGAGCAGCUCAUCGGCAUUGUACAGUCACUCAUCGACAGACACCCGAACCUGGAAGAUGAAGUCAGAGAUAUUAUGCCAGGUCCUGAUCUGCGACCCCUUGAAGAGCAAUUGUCGUAUUUGAAGAAAAACAUAUUCAAAUCACUGCCGACGUCUCGCCUCACAUCAAAGACUGAUUCACCUGCCUACAGCAGGGCAGCUGUACAUCUUGCUGCCUUCAAGAAAUUUGUCUUGGAGCAAGGCCGGCAGCUGGUGGAGAGCUGCCACUGGGAGGCGGUUGUGGACUACGUGUGCCUGGCGUGGGCGUACGUGAGGGCGACGCCCCUCUGGGACAACCCACCGCACAACGCGACGCGCAAGCAGUGCUUCAAAUCUCUGGUCGCCCAGUGCAUGGCGGCCAUCAAGAGGGGACAGUGGACACCCCAGCAAUGUGAUGCAAUGGUGACCAGAUUAUCGGGAUUUACUGCUGACAGUGAAGACAUGGAAAUGUGUAUAAAACAGCUGGAUGCCAUGCACAGGAAAUGAAAACAAGUAUCUUCUUCCUAAUUUAAGACUGAGUAAAGUUGAAGUGCAGUAGUUGUAUGAACAAAGCUGUAUUUGUCAGACUGUGUACAUAGUAUGGUCAUAAUUAUUAUGACUGACUGCCAAGUUUUGUGGUAUUUGUAGCAAGCCCUUGUACAGAUAUGUUUGUAAAAUUGGUGUGUAGUAAAUGCUGACUGAAUGAACCAUAGUACUGGUUUUGUUCUUUUGUGAUUAAUCUUUUUAGCAUAUGCAAUAUGCUUAAGUCUCAUUUAAUGUCAAUAGUAGUUUAGACAGUUUAAGUGUUGACCAAGGAUAAUAUUACUCAUGGUUCUUGUAUCUGCUUUUAUUUGAAACAAUGGAAAUACUUCCCAUUUUGUAUCAAAGUUGUUAGUGAAAUCGGUUGUAAAAAUGUCAAGGUUUAAUACUGCCAGUGACAGUAUGCCAGGAAUCACAGGACAUUAAAGCCACAUCAAGAAUACAGUUUGCUCUGACCCUUAAAUAAUAUAUUUGUUUUAAAAUCCCUUUCUAUAUAUGUGUAUAAUACAGGUUAGUCACUGGUUAAAGUGUCUUUGCACGGCAAUUUUUAUAAUGUGGUAUUUUUCUGGAUUGUAGAGCAGUUGCAAUUGUAUUUAGUAUUGCUCUUAAGAUUUUUGCAUAUGUAUCGUGUAGCUAGACGUUUGAUAUGGAUUUUUUUGCAUAAGCAUUUUCUCUUAAUCCUGACAUGGCAACCGGAAAAUUUAGCAUUUUUUAUUGGUUUUUAUGCCUAUUUUUGGCAUGCGUUUAAUAGAAUCCUUUUUAAAUAUGGAUUGAAUUUCUUAGUGUUGUUGGCAGUUGGGAUAAUUGAUGUUUAUUUUGUAUUUAUUUUCAUUGCUGUUUACAGUUAAAUCAAAUGUAUCCAAAUUUUGUAUGUGUUCACUUAAAAUGGAAACUGUAGUCGGAUAAGUGGUUGUAAAGAAUUAUUAUUUAUAUUAUUUGUGUUUCUAGUUUUAUGUAUUUUAUGUUCAGUUAAUAAAGUUAUAAAUAUAAAAUA